UGGGGCCCCUGGGCAAUAGGGGAUCAUGGGGCCCCUGUGUCCUUGCCCACACCCAAAAAAGCCUAUGAAACAGUCAAUGAAAGUGACGUCAGCACGGCAAGCUCCUCGCUGACGCGUUUCGUGUGCCAGCACGUUGUCAAAGGGAACAGUUGCUUAAAGGGUCCCACUCAGGGGUGGACUGACAACUCAUGGGGCCCCUGGGCAAUAGGGGAUCAUGGGGCCCCUGUGUCCUUGCCCAAACUCAAAAAAGCCUAUGAAAAAAGUACCAGGGGCAUCUCAUGGGGCCCCCUACUGUCCCCGGGCCCUCAAGCAGUGCCCGAGUUUCCAAAUGGUCAAUCCACCCCUGAGUCCCACUGAGAGGUCUG